GACAUGUACAGAAGAUUAUCAGCUAAUGUUCCCCUCGUUCUCGUGUGUGAGAGAGUUCAUUGCCUCUCUCUCUCUCUCUAGUUUCCGUUACUGUUUGUAACCACUUUUUGGCAGCAUUUAUAAUGCUUUACUGCUUCUUCUUCACCUUCCCUCCCUCAUUCUACUUUUCGUUCUGAAUUUCCUACGCGCCAGCAAGGUUUGCUGUUUUCUUAGGUUAUACUCUUACUUCGGAUUGGAGUUGGAGACAUUUGAUGGUGUAUUGACUCUGUUUGUUGUGUUUUUCUAUUCUUCACUUCUCCAAGAUCUACCUUCAGUACGCCCUUUUGCUUUUACUAUCUCUUUUUUUUUACCUUUCAGUUUUCUACUGUUAUGGUUUGGUAUCAAAGUGAACAUUAUUGUUUUUAGAAUGUUUUAGUUAACAUGAUCCUUGUAACCACCUUUCUUCUGGGCGUUAUAGCGAUCGCCCUGUGUUCUUUUACCCUUUUCUUUUGCAAUUUUUUUGUGCUAUAGAUCAUGUACAACUUUUUUUUUUGGAUGUUGGGAAUCAGAAUCGUUAUUUUCAAGUUUUUUCUGCAAUUCAAUCUCUACUUUUUAGAUCACUGAUGGGACGAUUCCUUUCCAGUGAUGGUUGUUUGCAAUUGGCAUUUCAAAAUUUAACGGUUUAGAAAAUUUGUAGAUAUCUGUCAUUCUGUUGUACAGUGUAGGUGCCGUUUCCUACCGGCAAUCCCCAAUUUGUUUUGUGAAAUAUUCUCACGUUCUGCUUCAAUUAUGAUUUUCUUCUAAAAAUUUGGGAGCUGAACCAUAAUUGAAUAUAGUGUACAACCUUGUAAAUCAUUGCAGUAUUAUGAUAUUUCUAUGCUGAUAGGGAAGCUGAGCUAAAUAUAGGUAGAUUAGUUGUAAAAUUAAGUUUUAAAGAUAGUUAAAUGACAAAUCAAAUACAGCACUGUGUCAAAUGCAAUUGGAUCUCUCUCUUUCAAAGUAAUAAUAUAUGUUUUUUAUUUUAUUUUCCAUUUAAUAGUUUUGCAGGGCUCUAGUUUGUGGAUGGGACAAGAAUUGAAGUUGGAUCGAGAUAACAAGUCUUCAGUGGGUCUCAGUCCCGAUACUGUUCUUCCAUCUCAUCAAUAUUGUUUGAAUGUGAAGAAGAGAUAUAAAAAUGGGAAACCCACUGGGAAAGAUGGUUUUUUGAAACUCAGAGAGUUUUGCUGAUAUAAAAUUUCCUCGCUUUUCCAGUUUUUCACAGAAGAGCCUUCUAUGUAAACCUCAUGGAGUGGAAGGCAACAUAGAAAUCAGACAAGGUCCCAUCUAUCAAAGUUCAGAGCAGGUAACAAGUACAAAGAAAAUGGGCAUCGUGGGGAGAAGGAAAAAAAUAGAAAUUUCGUGUAGGAGUAUUGACACCUCUUUUUCUGGUAUUGUUGUUGAUUCUCUGUGUGGUUCAGAUGAUGAAAGUCUAGAUGAGAGACCUUCAGUAAUAUCUCAGGACUCAAAUUUAGGUUCUCCAUCUCCAUCUGUUUCUGGUUCCUGGGCUUGUUUUGAGCACAAUCCGUUAAAUGGCUUUAUUGAAUUUUGCUUAGAUUCAGAUGUUUGGGAUGAAAAAUCUUGUGCAUUAGAAGGAAUUGGUUCUAUAAAUACAGAGAUCAGAAGCGACGAGGUUGCUGGUUCACUACUUGAUGAUAAUUUUCCUCUUCAAAAAGACACAGUUCAUGGAUUACAGAAAUCACUCUAUGCUAUGGUUGAAAUAUCUCAUGUUCACUCUCCAUCAGAGAGUGACUGCUCAUCAAGAUCAAGGCCGAAAGCCAGACUCAACCCUAUCAGGAAAAGGCUAAAUCCAUUCACAAAGUCAAAACCUUUUACAAGCCCAGUGAGUUGUGUGCUGGACACUAAUGAGGUUAAAUUAACUGGGACUAGAAACAUUACAAGACACAAACCUUAUAAGUCUUUGCUGAAUGACUUCUCUAACACAGCAAAGCACUCUGACAUUAUUUCUGAGUUCAUCAAUAGAGAUAUCCUGUUUUCAGGUUUAUCAUGUUCACCUGUUCAUCUUCACGGUAUUCUCAAAUUGAAAAAUAAACAAGGACUGCCAUUUUUUGAGUUUAAGGUAAAGUGCCCUGAAGAAGUCUUUGUGGCAAAGACAUGGAAAUCAGGAAAUGCUUUCAACUGGGUGUAUACCUUUCACUCAGUCGAUAAUAGAAUGAAAAAUACUGCCCCUGGCGUGGGAAGUGACAAAGACUUGUCAAUGGAAGCACAGAUGCUAGUUUCCUAUAAUGUAUGUUCUGACUUAGAAAGUGGAAUGUUUGGCAACUCUAUGGUGGCAGAAUUUGUGCUGUAUGAUCUUACACACUCAAGAAAAAGUGUUUCACCUGGAAAAAUUUCUUACAGCGAGCAAGAUUGUUCUAAAUCUCUAAAAGCUUCCCGUGUAGGAAAAACUUUCAUGCCAGAUGAGACUUCAGCAGUUAAAAACAUGCUUCUAUCAGGCAAUGCAGAUAUUGAUAAUUCAAAUUCUUGUCCUUUGUCGACCUCAGAAUUGCAUUUGAACCUUGAAAUUGCUGCCAUCGUCUUGCAAAUUCCGUUUCUCAGGAGAGAAAGCUUGAAAUACAGAAGAGGGGAUAGAACAAAUACCGAAGCAUAUUCCAAACCAAGUCAUCUCUUUUCAGCAGUAGAGAAGAGUAGAAAAAGCCAUUGUGCCAGAAAAGUUUCGGAACACUUGAAGGUGGUACUACCAAGUGGCAACCAUGGUUUGCCAAGUGCUGAAAGCCAGGGUCCCUCAAAAUUACUUGAUCGAUGGAAACACGGUGGCGGUUGUGAUUGUGGCGGCUGGGACAUGGCCUGCCCCCUUAUUCUUUUAGGCAAUCCUAGUAUUCAAUUUGCUGAAGACCACCCUCUCAUGGAGGAAUGCCAAACAUUGGAACUUUUCACUCAGGUAAAGCUUGUACUUCACACUAGUUCUCUAAUUUACCUCUUUCAACUUUGGGCUGCUUUUCACAUACAAUGAUCAAAUACCAUGGAUUUGUUUAUAGGGAAAUAGUCAUACCAUUAGUUUUCUUUAGGUGAUUUAAAUCUUCUGAAUUUAUUUUUAUUUUCUCUUCCCAAACAAAGAUAGAUGCUUAUUCUAGAAAAGUUGCACAAGCUGGCGAAGAGUUAUGGUGCCAUGGUAGUUUGAACAUUCUUCAAUUUAGUGUGAAGAACUCUCUAAUCUAUUUUACUAUUUGUGUCAAGCAACCAUUUGAUAUUAGAUAGAAUGCAUCCACCAUAGGAUAAAAAGCAAAAAGAUACCAGCUCUAUGCAUGCAUCAACAUAAGAUGUCAAAUAUGGUUGUGAUUCCCAUUGGAGCUUUCUCUGUUUCAAUCAGUGUAGCAGUUUUAACACCUUCAUUUAUGAGAUUUUGAUUGUUUUUUAUGGUGCAUAGGGAGCCAAAGAAAGUACUCCUAGCUUUGGCAUGAGGAUAGUCGAAGAGGGGCAAUAUGCAGUUGAUUUCCAUGCACAAUUAUCCCCGUUACAAGCUUUCUCCAUUUGUGUUGCCAUUUUGCAUGGCACCUCAGCCUUCAGCGGUGCAGGGAAGGAGAAAAAGCAACACUUGUCUCAGUGCAAUUCAUUGAAAAUGCUUAUUGAGGAGGAAGUAGAGCUUUUUAUCAAAUCACUCACAACACAAGAGAAGAAGACAGUGUCCAAGAUUCAGAAGGGAAUUCCUUCAACCUGUGUGUUAAACCCACCUUUUUCACCUAUUGCACGAGUAUAAAAGUGUAGUGUACCCCCUUAUAAAGAAAAAAG